CUUAUGCACACUCGAUGACCCCUGACGUCACAAGGCAUUGUUUCGCCGGUGUGACUGGCAACAAAAUACUACAAAUUACGUCAUAGGGUAUGAUCACGUGUUUGAAAAGUUUGUGGCACUGUAUUCUAAACGUAGGCCCAAAAUCUUUGGUGAUUACUAUAGAAGUUUAUUAGACUAUUGUAGGAUAAUCCGAUGCUGUUGCUAAGCCACUUGAACAAAAACACAAUAACGUUUCUCGUGUCUAUUUUCAUUGUACGACACGACUUUUGAGAUAAUACUUUCCUUCAAACAAGUGUUUGAUAUGAACCAAACAUAUAUGUUUAGUGAACUUACAUCAAGGCAAUUCUUACACAUUUAUGUCACUAAAAUCUGAUUCAAUAAUCUUUGUUUAUAAUUUUAGUUAUUGAAAGCAUCAAACAUUAGAAAAGAAUACCAUUACAAAUACAACUGUAAUUAAAUCCUUAUUUUAAAUAGUGGUAAGGGGAAUGGUCUUAACAACAGACCAUCGCUCUAGACUGGUUCCCGUUCGUUCCUGCGACAGACUGGAACGACCGGUAUUGGGCAAAACAACCUUCACCUUGACGUUACGGUAAACUGGUUUAGCGCCUUUGCUGGUUAUAUAGACAGUAACAUAGUCAAGACAAGAUGGCGACUAAUGUGUCGUCUGUCAACAGUAACAUAGAAAUUGCAAAUAUUUUGGAUCGGGCGAACAGGUAUAGAACGGACUAAUGCAAGUAUUUGGGAGGAGGCGCUUUACAUAUUGUCUUGCAUAAUUAUAUAGAUAUGCUACUGCACCUGCGACAGUGAGUUGCAUGACAAUAUAUAUUUAUACACCAAAGUGACCGUGACCCGGUUGUAUCAAACUUUAAUGAUGCAUUAACGUGUCAUUAAACCUUCAUUAACUAAUGCAUCAGUAAAUCCAGUUGUACUAACGUUUUAAUGACGUCGUGGUGUCAUUAGCGCGUCAUUAACUUAAUGAAGGUUCUGGGGCAUCAUUAGCGUGUCAUUAAAAACAAACAUGGCCGCGAACAUAUUGUUUGAACGCUUAGGACGCACAAGGAAAGACCGUGUUUUCAGAAAACGAACUCAACACCUCGAAUCCAUGAGCGAUGAAGAAGUAAGGGCACGCUACCGUUUUGGGAAGGCAAGCAUCGGAUAUAUCUGCGAUCUUGCAAGAUCGCACGCACUUAGUGUUGAACUACAGGUUCUGGUAGCCCUACGUUUCUUUGCAAGUGGAAGUUUCCUGCAAAUCACUGGCGACACAAUAGGGAUAGACAAAUCAACAGCCUCACGAGUUGUGAGGAAAGUUUCCCUUGCCAUUGCGUCUCUUGUGCCCAAGUUUAUUACCUGGCCGUCCGAGAGGGAUAUAGGCGACAUUAGAAAGGAAUUCUACAAUAUAUCUCGAUUUCCUGGAGUCAUCGGAUGUAUCGAUGGGACACAUGUACGGAUACAGGCACCAUCAGACAGCGAACCUGCCUUUGUCAAUAGGAAAGGCUACCAUUCGAUCAACGUUCAAGCAGUGUGUGACAGCCAAGGUAAAUUUACUAACUUAGUGGCGAGAUGGCCAGGCAGUAUGCAUGACAGCCACGUGUUCAAGAUGAGUAACGUGCGGCAACACCUGGAAACACACCAUACGACUCUACAAGACGGCGUUGUUCUCGGUGACAGUGGAUACGCAUGUCGUCCGUAUUUGAUGACUCCGUAUCUAAAGCCAUCUAGCCCCGAGCAAGAGCGAUUCAACUCUUCCCAUAAAAGAACAAGGUCAACCAUAGAAAGAGCAUUUGGGUGGCUCAAACGGCGUUUCCAUGUUCUGCACGGUGAAAUCAGGAUGAGCCCAGAGAGAGUUUGCACCAUCAUUGGUGCUUGUGCUGUGUUGCAUAAUCUGGCGAUAAUUCUUCGUGAACCCAUGCUGGAUGUUGAUGGAGAGGACGACAGUAACAUUGAAGGGCAAUAUACAGGUCCCGAAGAUGGACGGGGCAUCCGUGAUUAUAUCACAAGGCACUAUUUCACUAACUGAAAUGAUCAAACUGUCUCUGCUUUAAUAUAACUGACGUAGCUUGUGUUUCGGGCCGUUUUGCCUUGUAUGGGCGUGGUCCCGUUUGCUACGUCACAAUGGCCAAGAUAGUGGGGGAAUUAACUUGGUAGAGCUGAUUACUCGGCUAUCACCUUUAAAACAGAGAGAAGGCUGCUGAGUCCCUUGAAGUCUUUAUUCGUGGCAGAGUCAAAUUUAAUAUAUAGAGAGAGAUAUUUAAACAAUAUUACAUUACAAGAUAGAUGUAGUCAAUGACUUGUUACAUUAAAUUUAUAAUUGACAACCAUACAUGAAUUGAUAGCGACUGGUUUAAACUUUCUUAACAGGACUGUUCUAAUAAAUAAGGUACAAAAACGAAUUGUGAAUAAUAAGCGACUGGGAGGUAUUUCAUGUUAUACUAGCUACAACAUUUCAUACAGGAACUGUUAACAUUUACAUUUACGGAAUUCUAGCGUUACUCGUGUAUUUACAUACAAAUGUAUUUAACAUAUUGUAUAAUUUCAAUGCCGUAAAUGCUUAACCAAAUGAUAGACUUAGCAUGGCCAAUAUUCGUAUGAGACGGUAUUUACGUGAGAUUACCCGUGGGUAUUUACCACAAUGUACUCUUUCUCAUGCUAUGUAAUGUACGGCUUUAUCUAUCACUUGGCAUAUCAACAGUUAUUGUACAAGUGAACUAAUCUACUGACAUCUAUAUAAACACACACAUACAAUUUAACAUUCAAGUUUCUUUGCGGUAUAACGAAUGACAUAUAACUUAUUCUUAAAUAUUACAAACCAUGGUAAAUAUAAAGUUGCUUGCACAUGAUAUAAUAUAAGUUAAAGGCAAGGAGAAUUGAACAAGAAAAUAAUGUUAUCUUACCUUUAAAACUGAGAGAAGGCUGCUGAGUCCCUUGAAGUCUUUAUUCGUGGCAGAGUGAAGUGUCUGCCACUGGACUCCGUAUAAAUAGGGACUCAGGCCUUCUGUAGAAUGCAUUAGUUACCUAAUAUUGAAACUAUGAUCUAAAUCUGCUACAUGCGUGGCGUAUUAAUUACAAUUAUCCGAGAGUUACGGAGCGCACUGACCGCGUAAUAUCCUUUAUAUUCCACCUAUCUGAUACUAAAAUGACGAUGCGUCCGGCCAAACACAGCAUGUUAUAGCCUGGGGCAUAACCCUAGCCUGGCCACCUGGCUGAGUUACAUAAUCCAGAGUCACUGGUUUGUGACGGUUAGUUACGUGCAUGGCAACUGACUAACAUUAUCUACAGAAAUAUAUUUAGGUUUAGCUAGCUGUAAGAUAAAAUAUUGAGAGAAUUACAAAACAUAUUGAAAUAUGACCACUAUAAUUAUGGGUUAAUUAUAAUGAUUUUAGGACUAUGACAUAACUAUACAGAAGAAUGCAGAGAUACCAUCUGUUGUCACUGAAGAAAAAAGUUGACAGUGUUCGCAGUAUGUAUUUGCCAAUGCGUGCAAAUAUAAAUCUUACAAAUAUUUAACCAAAAUCUUUUGCGUGCACUUUUGUCUUUUCCUGUUGAAUCAAAGGGAUAUAGUUUCCCAGCUUUGUUUAACUAAAAUUUAGAUUACUGCGUAAAUAUUGUCCAGUGUACACAGUGCACAUUUCCCUUCAGAAAAAAUACAGCUAAACGCUACACGGAUACAAUGAGUUUGAAUUUGUUGCACAACGCCAAGACUUCACGGUGAGCAUGUAAGGUUCUUUGUGUAUCUUUAGCAAUGAGUCUAUCACAUUAAUUUUAUUGAAUAUGGUUUACAUAAAUUUCGUCGAAAUCAUGUAUUAACUGAUCGGCUUAUCUCAUCAACUCAUCGUUAUUGACAGCUACAUACGUAAAGAGCACCCAGCAAUCUACCGAAGUGAUACUGUUUGGUUACUUGUAUGUAGUAUAAAGUAGAAGAUGGAUAACAAUUUAUUAGAAGUGUUAGUUAUCUCCCGUUCGUUCAACUGAAGCUAUACAAUAUACAACACAACACAGUAUAGCACACUAUCAAACUAAUUGUAUUUUUUAAUGAACUCUUAGUAACAUUUCAAAGAUGAGGAUGUCGUUUUCAUUCAUGGUGCAUCAAGCUAUCCAACUCCAAUCGGAGCUUCUUGUUCAUGAGUUCAAAGUAAAUGGUUUGUUGAAUGACUUUCUUUUUCUGCUCAAGCAAAACCUCAUACUGCAGUCUGGUGAUGUCAUCCUGUUUGAUCUUUCUCUUGGUGACACGAUUUGAUUUCCCCCCAGUCUGGACCAAAGGCCUGAAAAAAUACAUUGUUUUUGGAUCAUGCGAGUCUCCGUGUGUAUAUACAGUGAAUGUUACGCUAUAUACGCGUGUGUUAAAGGCCAAAAUUAGUAUGAGUGUUUCAAUCUAAGGGAUGGGCGAGUAGAGAAAAGGACUUGGUACUACAUGUUUGUUAGCAUUGCUGCAAGAAGUAAGAUUCCAGUAUUAAUUAACAGGACAUAGUCUUCGAUGGUACUAAUGUCGUCAUGUAAUGCAGAUGCGUCGACAGACAGUUCUCCUUCUGGGUAGAUCUGUGUGCUGGAACAACUGGGCACAGACGCUUCCUGAGUAGGGACAUCGCAAACAUUUUCUUCUAAAGCCUGUGCUAACAGGUGUAAAGUCGAGGGAGAGCCAAUUACAUCGGCGACUUCCGUACCUGCACACACAAAGUUUUUUGCACACUUAUUGAACAUCAGUUAAUAAUAUAAUUAAUAUUUUUACACUGUUAAAACGGGAGAGGCACGGCACAAGGGUUAUUAUCAUUUGUUUUAUUACCAAAGGAAAUGAUACAUUAGAAUUGUAUGAUAUAUUUGUGUGAUGACACGGCCUAUUUUAUGUCUGCAGCCACCUUCAGAAAAAUGACUGCUAUAAUGUGACAUAUUUUUUCAACCAAUUUUCGUUGUCAUAAGAAAAUUCUCUCAUGAAAAGUAUAAAUGCUUCACAUAAAAUUUGCAUUUAGAGACGAAGAAUGUCAAGAUUUGAACUUAACAUCGAAAGACACAACAUGAACUUCUUGGUUUGGAAUAGGGGUAAUGAGAGUUGCCCCCCCUUUCUCUUUCCACAAUGGCUGCCUGUCGGAGAACGGAUGAGAAAUACCAUUACAAAUGUAAAUAUGCACUGUGUAUUUUAUCACACGCGGCAAUUUAAUUGAAAGUGUUGUCAAAAAGGUUGGUUAAAUGUUCUUUUUUCAUUUAUUUUGAUUAAUGAUCAUCAAAUCAUGUGCAAUACCCGAUUCCCCAUAGCCUUGUUCAACGUGUAUGAACAGCUGAUUAGGCUACUUGUUCGUUGUAUCAUGUAAAGUACUUUUUUAACACUUACAACAGUUUGUGUAUCGAUAUUUUAUUGAAUGCAGGCGACAUACCCAUUUGCAUCACUAGAUCGUCCGAUUCGAUGCCCGUGAGUCCAGUGAAACUGGGACAUUCCUUGUAAAUGUCCACUAUCUUUUCACUCGUCGUGGAAAGUGUGGCAAUACAGGGCCCUCCCGCGGUCUUCCUCAUGUCCAGCUGUCUGUUACUGAAUUCCCUUUUGGCCGUCUGGUGCAUGUUCGUCCAUUUUGUUUCUAUUUCUUUUGUUGUACGCUGACAAACACCGAGAGCGUUAACUUUGGAAGUUAUCUCUGCCCAAAUAGCCUUCUUUCUUUCGUGGGUGACGGUGCUACACAACUUACUGUUAAGUAUGGAGAUGUGUUUCUCCACCAACUCGGCAAUAAGCUGAAUUUCGGAGCUGUCGAAAAUCUUGUUUCUAUUCCUAGAUUUAGGUGGAUACGAUGCCAUUUUGACAGACGACCGGAAGUAACGCGUACGUGUUUACGUCAAGGAAUUGUGGGAAAUAUUUAGGGGAAACACCGAAUUUAAUGACAGGUUAAUGAAGACACUUACAUUAAGGCAUCAUUAGAUAAUGAUAUGCUAAUAAACGUUUGAUACAACCGAUUUUAAUGAUGCCAUUAACUAAUGGUGCAUUAAGCAUUUAAUGUAUCAUUAGGGUUUAAUGUAGCCAUUAGUUAAUGAGGCUUUGAUACAACCGUGUCCGUAUCGCUAGCUCCCCGUUGGGCUUCGAUGAGAGCACGUGGAGCCGUACAACCAAUGUAAACAAAGGAUAACUACGCAAAAACAAGUAGAUUUUCACGUAUGAGGUUACUUUCUUAAUGAACCGUAACCAUGCUUUGACAAUUGUUUAUGAGAAUGUGCAGACUUGUCAAACAUGAAACUGAUGAAAAGCAUAUGCAAUAUCUUGAAUAGACUGUGAAAGAUGUGACGAAUCGUCACAUGGCGCUGGCCUGUGGCAGAGGUACAUGUACUAUGCUGGUUGGCUACCGGCCGCUGUGUCUACUUACUUACUUUGGAGAUUUAACGUGCGCUUUCCGACUGAUGCGUAUUUCGCACACGGGAUGCUGUGUCUAAUGAGAGCCGAGUCUUUUAUAAGCGCCGGGUCUCUCUCUAAUAAGCAAUUUGAAUAGUGUUUGUGUCCGUUUUAAUUAGAUGCUGUUUCACAAAGCCGUCAUAAUGCUACGACAACAUGAUAAACUAUGUCAGUGGGCCAAUGAAUUCGGCUUACAAUUACCAAACUUGUUAUUAACUGUGCACUUUUAAAAAAAGAACAAGUUCGAUUUUAGCAUUUGUAAACCAGACCCAUUGACCCAAUAUAUAAUAAUACGUCCUUAUUACAUUGGAGGGUGUCUGUAGUUGUCACAGAAACAUAAAAAAAGGAGGGGGAGUAUAUUUUUCCUGUGCACACCAAGUAAAAUCAUAUCUCAUCAUACAGUUUACACGAAAAGUGAGUAGCAAUUUGCGAAACUGCUUGUAAUCUUGUAACCCACGCCUGUGUACGACUCGCUAUUACCCUCACUAUAAGACGCCUAGCAUUAAUUUCAGGGGUGUUAGCUGGAAACCUCGCCUCUGUGCGUUAUAACAAAAUCAAGUUGGAAACAUGAUAUUCGGUGGGAGAAUACAGUGUUAUGCACGAGAAUUAAAGUCGGAGAGAGGAUGUCUUCCAAAGUAUGUGUCAAUUAUGCUUCAUUCAGAGUAUUUGUAAAUACAGGAGAAACCAAUGAACGACUAUUUCACGAGUUGAAAUUCGAGCAUUUUACUUCAAACACUGCCCGAAUGCAUAUGACCCUUGACCUACUUACAGCAUAAGAGUAUAUUCGUGUUAAUUUGCAGUUAUAAGAAUAAUUUUCAUAAAUUGUGUUUAUGUCUAAUAUCUUCCAAAAAGUAUUCAGAAGUCAGGAGAUCAUCUCAGCAACGUGUACAUGAUUUUCAUAUGCAUCUUUCCGUAGUUUAGUUAUCGAAUAGCACUUGAUUAACAUCCGUACAUACUAUUUGGGAUUUAAUAAAUACAUCUAUUUCGAUUUUGAAGGAAAAAACUAAUGCGAGUUCGUCUGCGAGUCGGAAAAUUUAAAAAAUCAAUCUUAAGCGUUAUACAUUGUAUUUUACCAAAUCAAAAUUUCUUAAGUUUAUUGAUACCAAUUAUUGUAUAUGGUAUCUAUUAUUUCCCCAUGUCACAUCACAGUGUUCAUCACCUUUAACUCGCAACCUCUUGCAGCGAAUAUCACAAGCUUUAUUGACUGUUUUGUAUCAGGUUUUGGUAUAUGUUAAAAUAAAUAAAAAUGACAAUACACUCAUAUCAAGAAUAUUUAUUCGUUGCAUGUAUACAAACGUGAUUAAACAAUAAUAUUUAACACAAAACAGUUUUACAAAGAUUCCAAUUUUCUAAAGUCUCAAGGCACGCAAGAUUCUCAUUUAAAUAUAGUUCCAAAAGUUUAACCCCUUGAGUGGCAAGCUGGACAAUUGUUCGUUUUAACAAUCAAAUUUCUGCCUAAAAAGGCUAUUGAAAACCUAUCCUGUGACAAUUUGUUGAAAAUAGCUCUUUUUUUGUAAGUUCUGACGUCAGAGCACCUCGAAUGAGGUGGGAUACUUAUUCAAUACCAAGGAUCUAUGAUGUGAAUCUGUACGGAGUAGCGGUCGGGUAGCGUAGUGGUUAAAGCGUUCGCUCGUCACGCCGAAGACCCAGGUUCGAUUCCCGACAUGGGUACAAUGUGUGAAGCCCAUUUGUGGUGUCCCCCGCCGUGAUAUUGCUGGAAUAUUGCUAAAAGCGGCUUAAAGCCAUACUCACUCACUCACUCACUCACUCACUCACUGUAGGUUCACGUUUCUCGUUGAAUUGAAGUGUUAACAGUGCGGUUUUACGACAGACAAGUUCGUGUUAGUAAAUGUAUGACACUAAAAAAACACAAGCAAACUGUCAUGUGAUCGGCUUGCAGAGAUAAUUGCUUUCCAGAGGCAUAUUGACCAUAUGUAUGACAUCAUAGAAAUAUGAAUUAAAACAACAACAAAAUAUAAACUAUAAUAAGGCUUUUAUUAACAGCACAGGGUGUAUGUCUUUACAAGUGUAGAGUUCGAGUGAUUUCAACGAUUUUCAAAAUAAUUAAUAACCUUGACGGUUGAAUGAUUUUAGAAAAGUUUAAAGCGUUUAUUCUCAACAUGAAAUACACCACUCGGAUGCACCUGAUGGAGACGACCAACUUUGUGACAUUUAUAGAUGGAGGUCCAAACUUGACCGGUCUCCUGAUGUAUACGACCAGGCGUUUCUUUGACGCCAGGAAGCUGUCAUUUAGAGAAAUCUGUUUUGACGUAAUGACAGGUCGUGUUUUCAAUACAUGGAUAAGUCCAAAACUUCUUCCUUUGCCUCGACUUGGUGACCGAUUCUUCCGUGUCAUUGUUGCGUGUAACACAAAAUCUCGACUGAAGGGUUGUAACAUGAGAACAAGGUUUUUUAUUCUUGCUCGCUCUGCUCGUCAUCACCAUCAUCGGCAGCUGAGAUAGAUUCAGUGUCACUUUCUGCUUCGGGUAUGUCUACACGAGUCAGAAUGUCUUUCAUCACAGUUUUCGUGAAACGAGCGAUCUUGUUUUUGAUAAUAGAUUGAUCAGUUCCAGGAUCCAUAUCGCUCAGGCUGUCUAGGAUGGGUUGAAAUAGAGGCGCCUGUCUAAAAUAUUGGGCGAACUCUAUGACACUAUUGAGGCUGUCGUUCAAUUCACUUUCCCACAUCUGUUUCAUUUUUCUGUCAAUCCAUUCUUCUGUUCGACCCUGUUGUCUGUACUUUUUCCUCUUGAGUUUCAUCCCGUCGUGCUUGAUGUUGUUCACGCGAUUCCAGAUGCGUUGUAAACCAACAUUUUGCCGCUCCUCCGCAUCCACGUCGGUGUUUGGCGGCUUCCUGCGACGACGUUUGACAGCGAGACCUUCGCCUUUCUGUUCAGGAAGUCGUUCCUAAUUGUCGUCACUGUUGUCGUCACUCUCGUAUCUGAGACGUUUUCUUUUGCAUUUCAAGUCGUCGUUUGCUGGACACCACGAUCUGAUAUGUCGCUGUAGAUCGUGCAUAUUGUCUAUCAAUACGCCGCAGUCAGUACACGCAGUGGCCAUGGUAAAAGGUCCUGUGUUGUCACUCGAGAUGGAUGCUGUUUCAACGUCAUCGUCGUCAAAGCUAAGAGACCUUUCUUUGGAAGUCGAAGUGUGAUCAGCACGAAUGUCAGGGCCUGUCUGAACGUCUAAUGCUAGAGAGACAUCUUUUACCCCUUGUUGUUGUUGUUGUUGUUGGGAAGCACUGUGAUCAGGUUGAUUUUCAUUGGUUGUCAAGACGUUGACAUGUAAUCUAUUCUUCUAACUUGUACCGGGUUUGAGAUCCACUGUGAGGUGUCCGUAAGGGGUUUCAACAGCCCUUUCAUAAAGAGUCAUAAAUUUACCAAUGUCUUCAGGAAAUAUUCUUCUGGCGAAUAACUUCACCUGCUGUCUGUCCACUGGCGAAUUGAAAAGUGUGACAUAAUGAGAAUUUAGAGCAAUGUCCCUAGAUUCCUUACCUCUCGGGAAGAGGUUUUGCAAUAGCAAAAAGAUAAUGACAUUUUUGUGGUGGGAGGUUUGGGUAAACAGACGGGAAAUCCGAUUGUCAUUCUUUGCUUCAGACAAAAAGUCAUUCAACACCAUCAUGUUCUGGUUACGGGCAUCGAAGAAGUUUUCAUCUUUGAGAUCGUAAGGUAUUCCUUUAACAAACCGUACUUGAAGAGGUUGCCACACAGUAUAACACCAGACAAUACAGUCGGGCAGGGGUUGAACGAAUCCAUGACGUAAUAGGUUGAAGACAAACACCGACUUUCUGCAUCCACUGGGUCCAACAACGAUGCUAUUGGAGGGUAUAAGGAACUUUGUAUCGUCCGUGACGCUGGUGCUCCCGAGAUGAAAGCAAACGAGGAGAUAUUUCCUGAUGAUGAUGAGGAGGGUGUUUAUCCGGAGGAGGAGGAGGAGGAGGAAGAGUAAGGUGUUUAUCCAGAGGAGGGAGAAGAGAAGGCGAGUCUUGAGUUGAACUAUGCACCUGCUUCUGAUGUCUCUUUAGAUUAUCUUUUCGCGUAAAACUCUUGCCACAGUGUGGACAGGUGGUAACCUCCAUAGUGAUCAAAUACAAGUGCCCGAUGAGAGGGUCUGAACCAUUCUUUAUACCCUUCACCCAUGCGAUGCUUCAAGGCAGGUCGGAUUCGUUUCACAACAGCCUUUACAUUCGACACGAGUUGUAUUUUCAGUAUAGUCAUUUUCCCCUUCUUGGUUGUCAUCUUUUUCUUCUUAGAUGCAACCAGUCUCUUCGGUGACCCCUUUGAUGCCAUUGAUUUUCUCCGACAUGUUUUUCUCGACUUGGUCUUGCCACGCUUUGUGAAAGCGACCGUAGGUCCAAUUAUAUCCUCUGAAACUCUCUUCAUGUUGAAAACGGACGUCUUAUCUGUCAGCAAAGUGAGAGUGAAAAUGUCAGUCACUCAACACUACCGUUGAGUUUUAUAACACAUAUUGACAUAGAUCAUACACUUAUUCCCGGGCUGAUAAUCUCAGCAGAUGCAGCCCCGAAUGCGCAUGGAGAAAAGGUUAAAAAAAAGGCGCCAAAAUGCUGUCGCCAAAAUGCUGUCGCAAUAGCAUUCCAUUUCUCGCGCGAUGUCAAGUUUUCUUAUAAGGAUAUUCAUUACUAUCCAUUGUUCUUUGUUAAGGAAUGCUCGAGUAAUUAGUUGCAUGGUAACAUCUAGUCAGUUGACCCUGUAUUCAUCCAAUUAACCUGAUACAUCACUUAUACAUUUACAUAUUAAUGAGUUAUCUUGCCUAUUAAUGAGGGAUUGGUGACCUUAGUUUCCAUAUAAGGAUAUUCAUUACUAUCCAUUGUUCUUUGUUAAGGAAUGCUCGAGUAAUUAGUUGCAUGGUUACAUCUGGUCAGUUGACCCUGUAUUCAUCCAAUUAACCUGAUACAUCACUUAUACAUUAACAUAUUAAUCAGUUAUCUUGCAUAUUAAUGAGGGAUUGGUGACCUUAGUUUCCAUAUAAGGAUAUUCAUUACUAUCCAUUGUUCUUUGUUAAGGAAUGCUCGAGUAAUUAGUUGCAUGGUUACAUCUGGUCAGUUGACCCUGUAUUCAUGCAAUUAACCUGAUACAUCACUUAUACAUUUACAUAUUAAUGAGUUAUCUUGCAUAUUAAUGAGGCAUUGAUGUUGACAACAUCCCUCCCCCACCACACGUUUCAAAUACGCCCUCGUUGAUUUAAGUAUUUCCUUUCAAAACAAUCUCGUGUUUACACAAGUGUUUUUCCUUUCAGCUGUCCGGAAACGCUUUGUUGAUACAACUGUUAUACGAGGUUAUUGGUCAAGGUUAUACGAGGUCAUUGAUCGCAUGACAACAACACCAACCCCCCACC